AUGGAGGAGUUGGGUUUCUGGAGCUAUCAAGAGAAUAUUGAUGAGCUGAGACAGAAGCUUUUGUUCACAACCAUUGAGCUAGAGUCACUAAAAGUUCAAGCAACUGAAGAGAUGAGAAAGCAUGAGGAAGUUGUGAAGCAUUUAAUUGAUCUCCUGAAAAUGGCAUACAAAGAAAGAGAUGAGGCUAAAGAUCAGUUGCAGAAGCUUCUUAACAAGCUAAUGCCUUUUAAUUCUGAUGAAUUACAUAUCAUUGUUCCUCAAGCACAACCCGACAGCCCCCUCGUUAUACCCAUGAAGGCAAACUCAAGCGUAACUGAAUCUAACAGUGGCUCUUCCCCUGUCACUUCUCCAGAUUUCUCAAGCAUAAACAUGGCUGAUUCGACUCACAUAAAUUUUGUGAAUAAGGCCUAUGUUCAAGAAUAUACUGGCUCUUUAUCAACAGGAUUGGUUACUCCAUCAGUUUCCAAGAUUGAUCCGGCUGAUGCUGCAAUUGAUAUUCUUAUUAAUGGAAAAGUCCUGCCUCAGAAAGGAAAACUGUUACAAGCUGUUACAGAUGCAGGUCCUCUACUUCAAACACUAGUUGUUGGAGGGUCACUUCCCCGGUGGAGAAAUCCUCCUCCACUGCAACAAUUCAAGAUUCCACCUUUUUCUAUUGAAGAUUGUGAAACAGCAAAUACUAUUAAUCAGAAACAAGCUGCAAAUGCAAAUUCUGGUGCUCAGAAACCACAGAGUUUAUCGUCUUACCUUGCUAUGUCUAGUGGUUAUUCUCGAAUUUGCUUAGGUUCUAUGCUAAAUUUUACUAGUGGUGCUUCUGGUUCAGGUUUAGGCAGUUGUUGGCCAUUAAAUUCCGGCAAGCGGCAGAAGCUUCUCUGA